GAAAGAGAAAUCACACACACGUACCAGGUUUAGGAGAAAACCGAAUUGGUGAGCGGAGGCGAGGGAGAGUACUAUAGAGACCAGCCCAUGUGUACGCGCUUCUUCUCUCAACAAUAAAUUGCUUUUAUCCACUUAGGUCACAGAGAGAGAGAGAGAGAGAGAGUUGAAUCUUCCUGCAUCGAUCGGUAUGGAGAAGGAUAAGAAGAAGAAUAAGAAGAUGGAGUGGUUUUGGCCGGAGAAGAACAACGGUGGAGUUAUUUUGGAGACGGAGGAUGUGGCGGCUGAACAUUUAUCUAGAGAAGGGACAAUGAGUCAUUACAGUUUCAGCAAAGGUCUUCUUCCGCCGCUUGGAGUCGGAGCCGCCGGUCGUUCUAGCCCUCACAUUAAGCUUCGUUGCUUCAUCGUCUCUCCCUUCGAUCCUCGUUACAGAGCGUGGGAUUGGUUUCUAGUGGUUUUGGUGCUAUACACAGCAUGGGCUUCACCUUUUGAGUUUGGGUUCAUGCAAACACCAAGAGCACCUCUCAGUAUUCUUGAUAACAUUGUCAACGGGUUUUUCGCUGUUGAUAUUGUUCUGUCAUUCUUUGUUGCCUUCUUAGACAAGGCAACUUAUCUCCUUGUCGAUGAUCCCAAGAGAAUAGCUUGGAGAUAUGCCUCCACUUGGCUUAUUUUUGACAUCGUAUCUACAGUUCCUUAUGAACUUGUUGCCAGCUUAUUGCAUAAGACUAUUCAAGGAUAUGGGAUUUACAGUAUGCUGCGUCUAUGGCGUAUCCGCAGGGUCAGUAAAUGUUUUGCAAGAUUGGAGAAAGAUCCGAAAUACAGCUACUUCUGGAUUCGAUGCACGAAAAUUUACCUUGCUGCUCUCUUUGUGGUUCACUGUGGCGCCUGCUUCUUGUAUUCUAUUGCUGCACAUUACCCAGAUCCCACAAUGACAUUUAUGGCACUUGCUGAGGAAAAUUGGACAAAGAAAAAUGUGCUUAUCCGGUAUGUUACAUCAAUGUAUUGGUCCAUAACAACUUUCUCAACAACGGGUUAUGGUGAUAUACAUGGUAACAAUGCAAGCGAGAGGGCCUUCAUUCUCUUCUACAUGAUAUUUAAUCUUGGAUUGCUAGCUUAUAUAAUUGGUAAUAUGACCAACUUGGUGGUUCAUGCGACCAGUCGCACCGUUAACUAUAGAGAUACUAUCCAAACAGCCUCAGCAUUUGCUCAGAGGAACAAUCUUCCAGUGCGCUUGCAAGAACAGAUGGUAGCUCAUUUAUCUUUGAGGUACAGAACUGAUUCAGAAGGCCUACAGCAGAAAGAUAUUAUUGAUUCCCUCCCCAAGGCUAUCCGUUCCAGCAUAUCACAUUAUCUGUUCUACGAAAUUGUUGACAAGAUCUACUUGUUCCGUGGAAUAUCCAAUGAUCUUCUAUUCCAAUUGGUCACUGAGAUGAAGGCCGAGUAUUUUCCUCCUAAAGAAGAUGUGAUUUUGCGAAAUGAAGCACCAACUGACUUUUACAUAAUGGUCACAGGGGCUGUUGACAUCAUUGCACGUGUGAAUGGAGUGGAUCAGGUAGUUGGUGAAGCACGCACAGGUCAGGUUUUUGGUGAAGUAGGGGUCCUAUGUUACAGGCCACAGUUGUUCACAGUUCGUACCAAGCGAUUGAGUCAAUUGCUUCGCCUGAACCGUACAGCAUUCUUAAACCUUGUUCAAGCAAACGUUGGUGAUGGAGCAAUAAUCAUGAAUAAUCUUCUUCAGCAUCUGAAAGACUCAGAAGAUCCAGUGAUGAAAGACAUUUUGGCUGAUAUAGAACUCAUGUUGGCUCAAGGGAAAAUGGAUCUACCUCUUAGUUUAUGUUUCGCAGCAGACAGAGGAGACGAUUUACUGCUGCAUCAGUUACUGAAACGAGGCUCAAACCCAAAUGAAACAGAUACGAACGGCCGAACCGCGCUGCACAUAGCAGCAUCAAAAGGAAACCAAUAUUGUGUUGCAUUACUUCUCGAGAAAGGAGCAGAUCCUAACAUUAGAGAUUCAGAAGGUAAUGUACCAUUAUGGGAAGCAAUCAGUGGGAGACAUGAAGGAAUUGCUAAACUCUUGUCAGAAAAUGGCGCAACGCUAAGCCUUGACACAGUAGGGCAUUUCUCUUGCUUAGCUGUUGGACAAAACAGCUUAGAUACACUCAAAGACAUUCUAAAAUACGGUGGAGAUAUCUCACUCCCGGAUGUCAACGGAACCACAGCUUUGCACAGAGCAGUCUCAGAAGGAAACGUGGAGAUUGUGAAGUUCUUGUUAGAGCAAAGAGCUGACAUGGACAAGCCAGAUGUUUAUGGUUGGACGGCUCGUGGUCUUGCUGAGCAUCAAGGACAUGAAGAUAUCAAAGCUUUGUUUCAUAAUCAAAGACCAGUGGAGAAGAAUCAGAACGUUGUUUAUGGCACACCAGAGGUUAAAUCAUUGAUGAAACAUUGCAGCGAGCCUGUAAUGAUUUACCACCGUUCAAGGGAAGCAAUGCCGCCUCUGGACCGAGCUGUUUCUCAGAGAGGGAAGCCAAGUAAUUUCAAGAACUCGCUGUUUGGUAUCAUGUCGGCUGCCAACACUGGUGUAGAAGGUGGGUCAUCUAACAGAACUGCGGCAAUAAGUGAAGGAGCAGGUGUGGUUUAUCCGGCGAGGGUGACGAUCAGUGGUGAGGUUUCCUCCUCGGGUAAACUAGUAAAGCUACCGGAUUCUCUUGAAGAGUUAAUUGAAAUUGGUGAGAAGAAGCUGGGAUUCGUAGCCACAAAGAUUCUGAGUAGAGAAGGAGCCGAAAUCGACGACAUCAGUAUUAUAAGAGACGGUGAUUUUCUCCUUCUUCUGAAUGUUUCUUGAGAAACACGCAAGUUAAAGAGGAUUUGAUUUUAUACUUUUUAGCCAUUAUAAUCGGGAAUCAUAACAUAAACGCACAAAAGAACUAAAAGUAAAAGGAUAAGUAGAAAGAAUUCUCUCUGUCAUCCAGCUUUUUAUUUCUAACAAAACAAAAAGAAGUAACAAAAACUUCAUAUUUCAGCCCUAAAGGCAGAAAUGAGAGAA